UGUCGUGAAAUUUGAUUGUGACAAUCAAAAACACAAAAUGUCAACAAAACAACGGACGUGGUAAAUCGAUAGAUAACUGUUUAGAUAGCAAAACGUGCGGAGGAACAUUUCCCAGCUGUUGCUUAAUAUUGAGUAUCAUAUUGGUUGACCAUGUCUGGUUCUUUAACGGUACAGAACGAAAAAGAACGAGAUUUAAGCAUGGCAAUUCGCAGCAGCCACGAAGGUCCUACCUAUAUGGUGAAGUAUCUGAGCCUGUUGGCUCUGGUUGGCCAGAAUGCAAUGGUCAUCCUUGUCAUGAGAUAUGUGCGUACUCGUGGGGGAGACAUGUUUAUGGCAACGUCAGCUGUCGUCAUGUCAGAGAUUCUCAAGUGUGCAACAUCAAUGCUCAUAAUAUUUUACCUGCAUGGCAGUAGUUUUAGACGAUGGGCUCAUCAUCUACAUGAAAAUAUCCUACUACAGCCAGGAGACUGUGUAAAAGUGUCAGUUCCAUCCCUGGUAUACACACUUCAGAAUAACCUGCUGUAUAUAGCGUUAUCCAAUCUGGAUGCUGCUACCUUUCAGGUGACGUACCAGCUGAAAAUUUUAACCACAGCAGUGUUUUCUGUGAUUAUGUUGCGAAAGGUGUUAUCAGGUGUGCAAUGGAUUUCUCUAGUGAUUCUUUUUGUCGGUGUCUCCAUUGUCCAACUGCAGCCAGAGUCUGAAACAUCGCUUGAAGCUAAUGAACAGCGGCCAUUGCUUGGCCUUGUUGCGGUUGUCGUGUCAUGCCUAAUGUCAGGCUUUGCAGGUGUCUACUUUGAGAAAAUUCUCAAAGAAUCUAAGCAAUCCUUAUGGCUAAGAAAUGUCCAGCUAGGUUUCUUGGGAGCAAUCAUUGGAAUGAUAACUAUGGAAAUCAAAGAAGGUGAUAGAUUGCGCUUAAAUGGGUUCUUUCAUGGGUACGAUGCGUGGGUUUGGUUAGUAAUUAUUUUGCAGUCGCUAGGAGGCUUGUUAGUAGCGAUUGUUGUCAAAUAUGCAGACAAUAUUUUAAAAGGAUUUGCAGCUUCAAUGGCAAUAGUGGUAUCAUGCAUCGUUUCAGUUUUCUUUUUCGACUUCAAAUUAUCAUUUCAAUUCACAUUUGGUGCAUCUCUUGUCAUGUUGUCUAUUUACCUAUAUGGAAGAUAUGUUCCAAAACCAAUGUCCCAAAGAUUGGAAAAAAUUUCAACAUUGUGAGUACUAAAGUAUUAAAAGGGCAUUUAUUUAUA